UCUCUCUCCUCAAUCUCAUCUCCCACGGCCGAGUCCCAGAUCCUUCCCGAUCUACCCCUCCUUCUCCCUCCCAAACUCUUCUCUCCGUUCUCUCUCUUCUCUCUCUCUCUCUCAAGCACGUGCGAGAGGAGGGCGUGGUGGUGGACCCCAUCGCUGGCCUCUGCUUGGCUGGCCCUGAGCUCGCGUUGUUUGGUUUUAUAUAGCUUUUUCUCCCGGGGGCCUUGAACAGAAGAGUAUCUCCCAACCAGAGAACCGACGAGGUACCAGAGAGCUUCUUCUCUCCGGUGGCAUCACGAAUUGAUGACAUUUGGGCGGUGUUUCUGAGAAAUUUCCAUCAAAUUGGUGUCUUUUUGAGUGCCCUUUGUUGGAUUUGAUGGAUCUCUAGAUCUGAGGCCUUUGCUUGCUGAUUAACUGGGGUUCUCGUUGAUUUCAAUCGGUUGGACUCCAAUUUGAAGAAAAAGGGCUUGAGCGAGCUGGGGUUUCGAUCUUUGUUGUGGAAUCUACUGGAUUUCGCCGAUUGGAAUUGGUUGCUAGGAAAGGAGGAAAGGAAAGCUAGUUCCUUUUUUUGUCAUUUCGGACGCCAUUGUAGAGGUUGGGAUAGAUGUUGAGAACUCGGAGGCGGGUGUGGGUGAGAUGAGGGAUGUUAUCGGGGUUGAUGAACUUCCUGCGGGCCUGCUUUUGGCCGUCAUCCGAACGCUAUGUCCACACAGGCUCCGAUGCUUCCGGGCGGCAGGACGGGCUGCUUUGGUACAAGGACUCGGGACAGCACUUGAAUGGUGAGUUCUCCAUGGCUGUCGUUCAGGCAAACAACUUGCUUGAGGACCAGAGCCAGAUCGAAUCCGGCCCAUUGAGUACCCUUGAGUCUGGACCUUAUGGAACUUUUGUUGGGGUCUAUGACGGGCAUGGUGGACCGGAGACGUCCAGAUACAUCAAUGAUCAUCUCUUCUAUCACCUUAAAAGAUUUGCAGCUGAGAACCAGUCGAUGUCAGCUGAUGUGAUACGGAAAGCAUAUCAAGCAACUGAAGAGGGUUUCCACACACUGGUUACCAAACAAUGGCCCAUGAAACCGCAGAUUGCAGCUGUGGGUUCUUGCUGUCUAGUUGGGGUAAUUAGUGGUGGAACGCUGUAUGUUGCUAACCUUGGAGAUUCCCGAGUUGUUCUGGGAAGGCUUGUCAAGGCAACUGGGGAAGUUCUGGCUGUCCAGUUGUCAGCAGAACAUAAUGCAAGUAUUGAGUCUGUCAGGCAGGAAUUACAAUCAUUGCACCCAGAUGAUUCACACAUUGUUGUCUUGAAGCAUAAUGUUUGGCGUGUAAAGGGACUCAUUCAGGUUACAAGAUCAAUUGGUGAUGUAUACCUAAAGAAGACUGAAUUUAAUCGGGAACCGUUGUUCGCAAAAUUUCGUCUACGUGAGCCUUUUAAAAAGCCAAUACUUAGUGCUGAACCAUCAAUUUCUGUGCAAGCACUACAACCUCAUGAUCAAUUUCUUAUAUUUGCAUCUGAUGGGCUCUGGGAACACCUGAGCAACCAGGAAGCUGUUGACAUUGUUCAAAACAAUCCCCGCAAUGGAAGUGCUCGGAGGCUUGUGAAAGCAGCACUGCAAGAAGCGGCAAAAAAGCGUGAGAUGAGAUACUCUGAUCUCAAGAAGAUUGACCGUGGUGUCCGUCGGCAUUUCCAUGAUGACAUCACGGUCGUAGUCGUGUUUCUUGAUUCGAAUCUUAUAAGCAAGGCCGGUUCAUCCAAGGGCCCGCCACUCUCACUGAGGGGCGGCGGGAUCACUCUGCCUGCAAACUCUCUUGCACCAUGCACUCCACCCGCAGAACUCGGAACAUGAUGAAGCUAGCUCAUCUCGGCUCGGCUCGGCUCGCCUCCUCUUUUCGCUCUGUUGUACUAAAUUAAGUAGUUCGUCAGACAGACUUCCAUGACUGUGCUCUCGUCGAUGUUUUCAGGGAGCAGCUUUGUAUUUGCUUCAAUCUACCAAAAGUGUAACAUUGGUAUGCCGAAAAUUAUUAGUUUUCUUCAUGUUUAUGCUGCUUGUGGAAAUGCUAGACUGGUGUUUUUAACCCUUUUCUGUUUGUCUUAAGUAGCAUGCAGCGAAGAAAAGCUUCAUUCAAAAGAUAAUUCCAGUUUUUAUUUCUUCUACUGAGCAUUGACUCCAUUCACUCUGUAAAUUCACUGGAACGCUGAACUUUGCCAUGAAUGUAAUUGUUCUUGUGUUUGGUUUCA